AGCGGGAGCAAAAGCGCCAAACUCGAAUCUGCCGUUUUCAUCUUCGAGCUCUGAUCCUUAAACCAGGACCAGAAACACUUUAUUAUCUGUUAUUUAUGCUUAAUGGGAACUGGAGAUGACGGACCUACUGUUUAAUAAGACUCUACAGGUGUGCGUGAAGUGUAAAGACUGCGAUGAAAGACGGACAGUUAUCAGAGUCAGUAUUGAACACCAGCUGAUCUCGAACCCCAUCCACAGAAAGGAUUUGGUUGUGAGGCUGACCGAUGAUGCUGAUCUCUACUUUCUCUACAACCUUGUCAUAUCCGAGGAGGAUUUCCAAAGUUUAAAAGUGCAGCAGGGGCUUCUGAUCGACUUCACGGCCUUUCCUCAGAAAUUCAUCGACUUGUUAGAGCAGUGCAUCUCCGAGCAGAGCAAAGAGAACCCCAGGUUCCUGCUGCAGCUCUCCUCACCCUCCUCAGCGCUGAAUCAUGGUCCUGCUAAUCUGAACGUUGUGGAGACCAAUGCCUUUAAGCACCUCACACACUUGUCCCUCAAACUGCUUCCUGGCUCAGAUGUAGAAGUGAAGAAAUAUUUGGCCUCCUGUUUGGCCAUGGUGAAGGAGGAGAAGGAGCAGCUCCAGCAGAGGUUAAAGAAGACUGAGGACGAUCUGUCCAGGCAGCUAAACUAUGCGCAGCAGACGUUGUCUGAAAAGAGCCGUGAGCUGGACAAACUGCGCACCGAGUGGACGUCACAGACCACGUCUCUGUCCAGCAGUUACACGCAAGAUCUGUCAGCGGAGCGGGACAAAGCUCUGGAGAUCCAGACCAGGCUGCAGCAGCAGAACGAGCAGCUGAGGCGGGAGCUGGAGUCGACCCAUCAGAGGAGCACGCAGCAGCUCCACGCUCGCCUCUCCGAACUGGAGAACUCCAACCGAGAGCUGACGGAGAAGAAGUACAAGAGCGACUCCACCAUCCGCGACCUGAAGGCCAAGCUGCAGGGCCUCGAGGAGGAGUCCCAGAGAGCAAAGCAGCAGGUGACGUCCCUGCGGAGGGAAAACGGAACCCUCGAUACAGAGUGUCACGAGAAAGAGAGGCUGAUCAAUCAGCUGCAGACUCGCGUGGCCGUUCUGGAGCAGGAGAUCAAAGACAAGGAUCAGCUCGUCCUCCGAACCAAGGAGGUGCUCGAGGCCACGCAGCAGCAGAAGAACUCGGUUGAAGGAACUGCAGAAACUAAGCAGAUGCAGAUCGGAAAGCUGGAGGCAACAGUGAAGUCUUUAUCUGAAGAGCUUAUAAAGGCGAACGGCAUCAUUAAGAAGCUGCAGGGGGAUCUGAAGGCUCUGGUGGGGAAGAUUAAGGUGAAGAACACGGUGACGGUAUCUCAGGAGAAAGUCCUGCAGGAAACGACCGAGCGGCUGCAGAGAGAACAGAGGGAACUACAGGACACGCAGCACAGGCUCCGACUCAGAGAGGACGAGGUAUCGAAGCUGAAGGAGCAGCUGGACGACACGGUGAAGAAACUGGAGGAAAGCAAGGAGCUGCUCAAAACAAAUGAAAAUGUGAUAACGUGGCUAAACAAGCAGCUGAAUGAGAACCAGCUGUGCAGGAAACCCGAAUCUAUGGGUGCGUUCGAGACCCCCUCGGCUGCAGGACUGCGACUCGGACCGUCCGCUCACACUCUGCUUGAUAGUAAGACGUUCUCGUCGCUGGGCCAGCCGUACCCCGUCACUUCCACCCUAAACUCCAAGCACUCGUACCCUCUGUCGUGUGUGAGCGCCGGACCUCGCUCCGUCUUCGCUUUACAGAAUCAGAACCCUGGAACAAAGGUCCAGUUUAACCCCAUGAGUGCCAAACCCAACAUGUGUCCAGUCGAGGUGGGGAAUGGAAACUCCACAGCACCACAGCAAUCCUCCAACAAGGAGAACACUGAGCCACUUGGCCUGGACUCGAAAUAUUUUGAACGACGAGAAGAGAGCAUCCCUCUGCGUGGCCUGCUACCCAGCAUGCACCUCAACAAAGAAAUCCCUAAAGGUUCGACUUUGAACAUUGGUGGUGCGAAACCCGCGGCUCCUUCGGCGUAUUUCCCAGGAUGACGGCGCUCCGUGUUCUAGGAGCUUCUACAUACUUUAAUGUCUGUGUCCAGUUUCUAUGUUGUGCUCGUAUAUGUGUGUUUUUUUUCUCUUUAAAUUAUUUAUUAAACCUGAUUUUAAACACUG